AUGUUGAAUUUGGCAUUCAAUUCCGUAGAAGGUCAUAUCUCUGUGUCUCUCUCGAAUGCCUCAAGGUUGGAGAGGUUAGAAUUAUCUGGAAAUUUACUUCAAGGAAGCAUUCCAAACGAAAUCGGCAAUCUUCACAACCUGAACUGGUUGGCCAUACAAUAUAAUCAACUUAUGGGUUCUAUACCACUAAUAGUUUUCAAUAUUUCUAGAAUCGAAGUCAUUUCAUUUACUGGCAAUUGCUUAUCAGGAAGUCUUCCCAAUGGCUUAUGCAAUGGUCUUCCGAAUCUCAAAGGUCUUUAUCUAUCAACAAACAAGCUUCAUGGUCAUAUUCCCAUGAGCUUGUCAAAUUGUUCACAACUUCAACUAUUAGGUUUAUCGGAAAAUGAGUUUGAUGGACCAAUACAUAGUGAAAUUGGAAGAUUGAGUAACUUGCAGCAAUUGUAUCUCAGAUAUAACCAUUUCACAGGGAUAAUUGCACAAGAAAUUGGAAAUCUUGUUAAUUUGAUGGAGUUGUGGAUGGAGUUAAACCAGAUAACCGGCUCAGUCCCAAUCUCCAUAUUCAAUAUCUCGGUGCUGCAAGUUUUGUCACUGGCGAGGAACAAUCUUAAUGGAUUCUUACCACUAGAGAUUGGCAACUUAACCAAGAUGCAAUUUUUAUAUCUUGAACAAAAUAGGUUUUCCGGUACGUAA